AUGAUCUAUCGGAUAUCGAAAGAUGUCGUAGUAUGGAGAACACGUCGGAUGAUGGAGAGACGAGCCACAUCAGCACGUCAAAUGCAACAUUUAUCCUGGCGGCUCGCGGAUCUAGAAAGACUUGGAUCAUACAACAAGAAUACAGAAUCGUGGAUUUUGAAAAGUGAUCCGAAGUCCAAGUUGAAAAACGACGCUCUCCGACAGCUCCAACUUUGUAAACCGCAAAAAAAAGAACGACUGACUCCGGAUUCGUUUCGUUUGCAUACAAAUUCAGGGGACACAAUGGACUUCUAUUACCGAAAUUUCCGAGAUCUGAAAGGAGAUCCUUACCCCGUGUUGUUUGAACCAACCACCGCGAUACCAAAAAUGCGUUGUUAUAAUAUAGUUGAAAUCGGUGUCGGUGCGCCCACAUUUCCAACACAUACGUGGCUUCUUCUCCAAGACAUCAAGUGUCCGGGAAUACGAUAUUUGACAAAGAUAAACGUGGAAAGUUGGAGACGAUAUCUAACUGUUGAAGACAAGCAAAACGAUGAAAGUUUGGGUUAA